AUGGCUUCUGCUCUAGAAACACCCCAGGAAAUCUCCAGGACUUGGAAUCCAUUCCAAAUGGAUGCUGGUUCCAGAAACAGGAGAUCUUCCCCUCACCUGUCUGAGAACUACUGGUUUCCAUCCUCCAACAACAGUGCCGGGCCUCUUGACAGCCAUGUCCACUUCCCCGGCCGGAUCCUUCCCGGUUACCCCAGGCGGCGGCCCUCAGGCUCGCAUUCCGCGGUUCGGACUUCCCCGCGUCCUUCCCUAGAAUUAGUUCCUUUCUGCGGUUCCAAGGAGUCCCCCGGCGCGAAGCCGCGCCGAGGUCGCGCAGCGGACCUUCCAGGGCCAGCGGGGGAGGAGGGAAAGCCGCUCCUGGAAGGGAGCCGCUCCGCCUGGGAGUCGCAUCCUGGCCUGGGGACUCACGUGAACAGAGGGCCCAGAAGGCCAGAAGCUCCGCCACCUCCAAGACCAGGAACGGGGUGCGGAACCUGGCUCAAAGUUCCCCAACCCGCGACCCCUGCCCCAGGCGUGCCUCCCGCGGCCGCUCUAGGACGCCGGAGGGGGGGGGCUCCUCUCUGUGGUUGGAACAGGCCGACCGCCGGGAGCCGCCCACCUUGGGGCCGGCACACGGGUCGCCGGGGAGGCGCAGGCCCUGCGUUAAGCCCGAGGCCACGGAGCUGGAGCAGAAGCUGUGAGAAGGCGAGGAGAAUAUUUGAUGUGAUGGAAGCAUUUGAAAGUUACCUUUGCAAUUCCCAAAGCACUCGGCCGAAUAUGGCACCUGGAUUUCUUCAAGCAGAGCCAGCAGUCUUAGUGAUCAGCAAUUGCUCUACCAACUAUACUGUGGCCAACUGAGCUACUUAAUUCAGACUUUUUUAAGUACACAAGGACGGAGGAGAGGGUGAAAAAGGCUACAGCAUAAGAACCACAAACAUUAAACAUUUGGGCGUAGAGCCCAAAGCGCAAUGCAAAUGCAAACAGAAGUAAAUGGUAAUGAAAAUAGAAGUAAAUGGAAAUAACAAGAAAAAUGAACUGAACCCAAUAGUGCAUGUGAUAGCAUUCUGUAACAAGACCCUAGGAAGACUCAGAGGCAUUUGCGGUAGGACAAAGAAGUAAAACAUUUACCUCCAUCUGCUUUUGGAACAGAAUUGGAAAUGCAAUCAAAUGCAAACUACUGAGAUACACAUUCCCCCUGCCCUCUGUGAAGCUUCUGUAGCAAUCCAAGUUGUGAAUUAUGACUAUCAACUACAUAGCAGCGGGAGAAGAUUGGCUCCGGCGCAUGAAUGGCCCUGUCAGCAACUCCUCUUUCUCAGAUAAGCCGAUAGGCCUGUCAGUACCCCACAAUAUAAGAUGAAAUUGUCCCUUUGCCCAAAAGCAGGAAAAAAUGCCUCGUAGUACUAAAAUAAAAGCGUUCUUUUUUUCUUUUCUUCUUUA